UUCCAUACUCUUCCGAAUUAAUUUGGUACCGGAUUUGACGCCCGCGGGAUGGUGGAUGAGAUCGAGCCAUACACCCAAACAGCUAUACCGCAUACCGUGCCGGUACCGUACCGUACGUACAUACCGCACGUACGGUAUACGUACUUGCUCACGGAAAUAAAGCGCGCAUCUUAAAUUUAUUACUGGGGCCUACGAAUUCGGCCGGAGCUCCUAGUCCUACCCUAGCUCUUCUACGUUCAGCCACGUUCAGCCAUGCCUAAACACAAACCUAGUUCAGGCAGUCAAAGCGAGGAGCCCAAAUCUAAGAAGGCUCGUAUCAAGUCCAGCCAAACGGAUGAAAAUGAAGAAGAUGUGGAGGAAGAGCUUUUUAAUCGGUCUCAAGACCACGACUUCUCUGCUCCAUUUGAAUCGGUAGAAGCAGAGUAUGGAAUCAUUGAGAAGAUAACUGUAAAGAAUUUUAUAUGCCAUGGGAGACUUGAGUGUAGUUUCGGUCCAAACGUCAACUUUGUUGUUGGCCGCAACGGGAGUGGAAAGAGUGCUAUUCUGACUGCUAUUGUAGUGGGGCUUGGUGGAAAAGCCAUUGUAACCAGCCGAGGUAACUCGGUUAAGAACUUCAUCAAGGCUGGCAAAAGCGUUGCAGAGAUAUGCAUCAAGUUACGCAAUAGAGGGCACGAUGCGUACAAGCCAGAAAUAUUUGGACCGUCCAUUACAGUGAUCAGAAGAAUAAAGAGCGGGAAAGAUGGGAGCUCUAGUUACAAAAUACUGUCAGCUAAAGAUAAAUUGAUAAGUACGAAGAAAGACGAGUUGUCCCACAUCAUGGAUCAUUUCAACAUACAGGUGGAUAAUCCUGUAUCUAUAAUGAACCAAGAGACCAGUAAAAACUUCCUUCUCAAGCAAAGUGCCAAAGACAAGUACAAGUUUUUCCUGAAGGCGACCCAGUUGGAGCAGGUCUCCAAUGAAUAUCGAGAAAUCGUGGUCCUUAAAGAAGGAACAGAAGAUGAUGUCAAUGUACAGAGUGCUAAACUUCCUGACCUAGAGAAAGAGGUGCUGGAGUUGGAACAGAAGUUUAAGGCUUUGACUUGCCUUCAUGAUCUAACAGACAAGAGAAAAGAGCUGAUCAACCAAUCGGCAUGGGCCCAGGUCGCAGAGAUGGAAAAGGAGAGGGAUAGCAAAAAGAAUGAAGUCCAGCGUGAGGAAAGUCGAGAGCCCAAGUUUGUGGAGAAGAUUCAGCAACAGGAGGAAAAGGUGAAGAAAGCAGAAGAGAAGCACGCCGAGAUCCAGAGUCAAGUUGAAGUACUGAGACAAAGGCUCGAGGAGCUCUCCCCGCAACACGACACAUCGAAAGACAACGCACAAAAGCUCAAAAACACUGUCAAAACCCUUGAGAGAGAGAUCAAGAAGAUAACCUCACUGAUCCGCAGUGAAGAAUCAGAUAGAAAUGAUAUCUUGCAGAGAAUUCAAGAUGAAAAAGAAAGGGACAGAGCGCAGUUUGAAGAGGAGAGGCUUGAGAGAGAAAGACGGAUCACUGCUUUGGUGGAAAAAAAGCGAGAUCUUGAAGCACAGAAGCAGAAUGCCGUCAGAGAGAUGGAGCAGUUUGCCAAUGCUGUUAACAGUGCUCGAGAACGCAUCUACGGACUACAAGCCAAAGAUACUGAGCUGACGCAAGCCAUAGCUGCCGGUGAGAGAAGACUGAAGAACCUUGAAGGAAGCCGGAAGAACAGAUUGAAGCUGUAUGGAGAUUACAUGCCAAACUUACUGGCUGAGAUUGAGCGUUCUGCUGCUCGCUUCCACCAGAAACCCCUUGGUCCAGUGGGAUCAUUCUUAAAGCUGAAGGAUGUCCGUUGGGCUCUUGGUGUGGAAUCUUGCCUGAAACGAUUGCUGUAUUCAUUCUGUUGUCAUGACCAACAUGAUUCAAGUAUUCUGAAAGACAUCAUGAAUCGUGUCAUCCCACAGAAUGCUCCACAACCUCCAAUCAUCACAUCUAAGUUUGAGUCUCACACCUAUGAUAUCAGUCGAGCGAUGGUACAGAGUAGGGAAUUCCCCGGCUUUCUAGACAUUGUCGAUGUCAGCCAUCCUGUCAUUUUCAACACUCUUAUUGAUCAGCGUGGUGUGGAGAGUAUCUUGCUGAUUGAGCAUAGCAAGGAUGCCAGAGGUUAUCUAAGACACCAGCCCCCUAGGAACUGCAGAGAGGCUUUCACCAUGGAAGGUGAUCAGGUGUAUGCCGGGGCUGAACAGCGCUACUAUUCGUCCAUGCAGAGGAGCGCAAAGAUUCUGAGAGGAGAUACUGACAACGAGAUAAGCGAAACUCGGAGAGAUAUGAAUCAAAACCAAAGAGCUUUGAAUGAAAUAAAGCAGAAGUUUCAGGCUCUAAGACAAGAUGCGUCCGAAAAUGAGAAUCUAAAGAAAACGGCACAGCGACAGAGGAUGAAUCUAGAGGAUAAGAUUGGCAAGAUCAACAAUCAAGUAACCCAGUUGGAGGCAGAAGGGGAAGGAGAAGAGGAAACCAACGUCGCUGACUUGGAAGAGGAGGUUCAGCAGAUGGAGGCCAAAAUCAACGAAAGAAAGGAUAAACUGGAGCGGUUCUCCAAGAACUUCAAGGAAGGUCGAAGACAGCUGGCAGAAGCAUCACAACAGUUCAAGCUGGUGGAUGAUCAGAUCCAGGAACUUAGCUAUCAAGUAGACCCUCUCAAGGAUGAGUUAGCUGGAGCUAGCAUUGAAGUGCAAACAGCCAAGCAGCAUCGCAAACAUUACGAAGAAAAGAAGAAGGAAUUGAUGGGGAAAAUUGCAAACCUCAAGAGAGAAGCCGAUGAAGCACAGAAAAAUGUGGAGGAUGCGAUAUCUAAAGCCAUGCAGAUCCAUCCAGAAAGACUAAAAGUCUCAAGAAAAGUGAACAACAUUGAUAAAGAAAUCAAACAGAUCAACAAGAGAAUUGCCAAGGAAAAGAAACGGCAAGGAGACCCCGAAGUCAUUACCAAGCAAUAUGAUGAUGCCAGGGAAAAUUAUAGGACAAUCAAGAAACAAAUCAAAGGCAUGAAGGGAUUUGUUGAGAAAAUGAACAAGAUCCUUGAAAUGCGUUAUGUGGCACUGAAAGACAUGCGUCAUUUUAUAGCACAGAGGACCAAGUACUACUUCAUAACAAUGAUGUCCACCCGUGGCUAUGUGGGUCGCCUCAAGUUUGACCACCCAAGAGAGGAACUUAUCUUAACGGUGGAUCCUGGAGAGAGCCAAAAGACCAAGGAUGUGUCCAAGGAUGUGAGGAGUUUGUCUGGUGGAGAAAGGUCCUUCUCAACAGUGUGUCUCAUCAUGGCUCUGUGGGAGUCUGUGGAAUCUCCCUUCAGGGCCUUGGAUGAAUUUGAUGUGUUCAUGGACAUGAUGAACAGGAAGAUCUGCAUUGAGCUGAUGCUUCAGUUUGCUAGAGAGCAAGCAAUCCGUCAGUUUAUUUUCCUGACUCCACAGGACAUGAGCAAGAUCGCCCCAAGCCGGUUUGUCCGCAUCACCAGACUUCACGACCCCGAGAGGAACCAAGGGUACAUCACUGCAGAACCGCAGGCAAAUCUAGAUGAAUCAAUGGAGGAGCAAGGAUAGCAGAUACAGACCAGGAAGGGAAUGCCAUAGUGCCUUGUUGGUGUCCCAGUGCCAAAUGAUUGGACAUUACAAAACAGUAAGGAACGUGUGUGAAUUUACCCAAACAAACAUGUUUGUUGGUAUCACCAGACUUCAUGAUCCUUUGAGGAACCAAGGGUACAUUUAAUGCAGGUCCAGUGGCCACUCUAGAUGAAUUGAUGGAGGAGCAAUGAAUAAUACAAAAGGUAG